CAAAUUCAUGCUAACUACAAAUCCCACAGGACACCGCGGUUUGUCUUACGGUGAUGACGUAGUUUUUGGCGCGCCUCGCUUGGUCCAGGAAAGCUGUUGUGGUUCAGUGUAGAUCCUGUAGAAUCUCAUCACAGCCAGCUCAGCGGUGUCCAUCACUGAUGUCUCAACAAGCUCAGCAGACGGUCCCCUCCGCCCCGGACUCCCCUGCGCUGGUGGUCACCAGUAACGUGCAGAAAUAUGCUAUAAAGAAGAAGAAAGUCCUCAGUGCUGAAGAAACGGAGCUGUUUGAACUAACUCAGGCAGCGGGCAUCACUGUGGACCAGGAGGUCUUCAAGAUCAUCGUGGACCUGUUAAAGAUGAAUGUGGCUCCCCAGGCCGUCUUCCAGACUCUGAAGGCGAUGUGUGCAGGCCAGAGGGUCGCCGAGAGCUGCGGCGGCGUGGACCCUUCAGCUGCCUCCCACACGACGGGCGUCGCCACGGCGCCCACAGAGGCCAAAGAAGAGGACUCUUUGGUCUCUGGAAAGAGCCCCAAGCCUCCUGCAGCCCCCCCCUCAGCGUCUGGCCCCAGAGCCACGAGGGUCAACACUAAGAUUGUGAUCUACGGCCCUCAAGACGCUAGCUCUCCUCACUCUCAAGUGCGCAGUAAAGGUGGAGCGAGCCACAGCGAGAAGAGCAGGGAGGCCUCCAGCCAGCGAGUGCAGCGGCAGCCCAGCGCCACCAGGGGGCAGAAGACCAAGAGCUCAGGCAGCAGCAGCUCGUCCUCUCAGAUCAACUCCACAUGAGACCAUUUGUAAAUAUGUUGUUUUCUUUACAUUUAACUAUCUGUAUGUUUUAAAGGGCCAGUUCACCUAAAUUACACACACACACACACACACACACACACACACACAAAGCACAUUUUCUCACUGUCGGAGUUUUAGUAUUGAGAUUACUGUUGUCUCCAUCUCAACACAGUGAAGUCUUGUGAAGCACCUCCCUGUAUCUUUGUUAGCACCUGUUAACACGCCGGUUGGAAAACCUCCUCCGGAUUACAUCACAGAUUACACUCACACUGUACAACGUUCAGCAGCUCCAAAGAAAAUGUCCAAAGUCUGUGAUGAGAGGUGGAUGUCUGAGAACCACAGCAAAUCAAAACUACCUGCAUGACCUGGCAGGUGCUGCUGGAGCGAAGUGAGAAAAUGUGUUUGAUUUGGGUCAGUCAGCCUUUUCAGGCUCUUAAGUUAAAGUCCAGAGCGUGUCUUCGUUGUCGUUCUGGCAGAUGUUUGCUGUCAGUAAGUAAAACCUUUUGUUCGGUUGCCAUGUAACUUCUGUGAGAUUUAUUUUCUACUGGAAAAUGAACAUUUAUUCAUUGUACAACUUUUUUUUUAAUAGAAUGAUUAAUCUGUAAUAAAUAAUGAUAUACCUCCAAAA